AUGUCGAAAGAUAUUGCUUCCAUGAGAGAAAUACAACACAACCGACAACUCAUUGUGCAAGCUCUAAAUAAGAACACAACAAACUUUUCAAACUAUUCUAAGAUAUCUGAGUCAUUGAAAGAAGGAAACUUAAAACUGACAUUAAACCCAAUGACAGAUGAGUUUCUGUUUCAAGACAAUAAGAACCAUACUGUCUGUAUAAAUCCAACAAAAGGAACUUUAAACGAGAAACCUAUAGAUGAACUUCUUUUGAAGGCAGAUAUUGACAACAAAGCUGACAAAGAGUAUGUAGAUGCAACAAGAGACUAUAUUCUCGCAUGGACAGAUAGAACAUACCCACAAAAACACCAUACACAUAACAUCUAUGACGUAGAUGAACUACCAGCAAUGUUAGAUGACAAAGCGGAUAAAACAUAUGUUGACAAUAAAAUGUCAAGUGAAGUGACAAGAGCUGACAAAGAAUAUUCUAAAAAGACUCAUACACACGAUUUCUUCGCAACUGUUGGUAUAGAAAAUAUUGCAGGAACGGUUGAAGAACCUGAUGGAACUGGUGGGGAUGCAUUGUAUUGGAAACCUCCUAACUUUCCACAAGGUUUAACAUCGGAGGAUGACAUAACGACGAUGAAAUACACUAGAU